AGGCUAUUGAGGGGAGGAGCCGCCCUGCAUCCUAUAGGUAGCAGCGAUGUGCGGAUGUCCGGGAUUUCCGCCAUCGCAAGGCUGAUUUCUGCCAUCGCGACGCCGCUGCGGCAGAUCUCGGUGGGAAGCGGGCACACCUGCGGGCUUAGGGCGGCGGACGGCCUGCCUGUCUGCUGGGGCCGCGACAGCUACGGAGAGGUCUCGGACGUGCCGCCCGUGCCGCCGCUGGAGAUCUCGGCGGGAGGCUUCCACACCUGCGCGCUGAAGGAGGCCGACGGCCUGCCUGUCUGCUGGGGACGUGACACUUACGGGCAGGUUUCUGAUAUGCUCUGCCCUGAAGGCCACUUACGGGCAGUGAAUCAGACAUCAGAGUCAAGUGCCGUCGUCGAGUGCACGGCGUGUCCUAAGGGCACGUACAGCGAGUUGUCUGGUGCUUUAAAGUGCUGGGCGUGUCCCGAGGGCUCGUAUAGCAACCUGUCAGGAGCUUCUGAGGCGUUUGCGUGCACGACGUGUCCCGAGGGCACUUACCGUGUUCAGUCUGGUGCCUCAGUGUGCACGGCGUGUCCGGCGGGCACGUACAGUGGCCAGUCGGGAGCCUCUGAAGCGACAGCACAGCUUGUGCCGAGGGCACUUACAGUGUUCAGUCUGGUGCCUCAGUGUGCACGGCUUGUGCCGAGGGCACAUACAGUGGCCAGUCGGGAGCCUCUGAAGCGUCUGUGUGCACGGCGUGUCCGGUGGGCACGUACUAUGACAAGUCCGGUGCUUCUGAGUGCAUGGUGUACACCUGCGCUGUUUCGCUGCCCUGGUGGUUCGACAGCGAUAGGCACUCCACUACAGAUUGUGGCACGCUGCAAGCAGGCGGCAGUUGCCAGGUGCGGUGCCGCUUGCCAUAUAUGGGCGAUCCUGCACAAUUGAUUUGCCCGCAGGCGAUCACACGGCAUGAUAGUGAGCCAACAGGGGUUGCACGAGAUUGCACUAGGUUGUUGUUGUCGAAAAAAGAAGAGUAUUGCUUUAAUGCGACACAGGAUCAGAUCGCAGCUCUCAGGGAGGGGCGCGAGUACACGGGCACCGUCCAUUGUUGUGAAGUCGACCCUGCUUACUGCACGAGUUUUACGAUGGGAGUGAUCAUCUUCGAGCGGGGCGGUACUUGCGACAACUACUUCAGCAAUGACGUUUUGGCCGCCACGUGCUCCGAUACUCAGGAGCUGUUCGAAGGACUCUCGCUGAUCCGCUGGAUCACCCACGUGUCCUUCUGGUCCGAGGUGGUGGGCCUGUUCUGGCAAUUCCUGAGCAUCCUGCUCAUGUGUCUGCUCCUUCGCUGUAUUCCUUCGACCCCCGAGUCGUUUAAGAAGGUUAUGAUGGUGUUCAUCGUGGCCGAAGUCGGCCAAGCGGUAAUCCAAUGUGUGCAGCUUCUUCUCGAAUUUACUGACGUGGGCUACAUCGUGACAGCUGACGUUUUCGAUAUUAUUAAGGAGCUGAAAGUGCACGUCGGCGCCGGAGAACUGGUGCUCAGCUUCGCCAGACUCCUGCUGUCCAUUGUGGGCAUCCGGGAUAUGCGGAAGCAGAUGAAGCAAACACUCGCCGCGAGGCCCGUCGACGUGGAUGCCUCGUCGCCGCCGCGUGGCGCCCACCAGCAGAUCCCGCGGGUGGAGGCGGACGCCCCUCCAGAAGUCCCGCCCGCCGACAUGCGGGGCGAAGACGCAGACGUGCCGCGGCGAUCCAGGAGCAUGUCGCCGACGCUGCGGCGCCGACGUUGGGGCGUGCCGCCGACGACGCGGCCCCCGUCUCCUCGCGCGCCGCCCCGCACGCCGCCCGAGGGCCCGCCCUGGGCUGCCGCGAGCGGCCGCCGAGCGCCCGACAUGCCUCCUGCAGCGGAGGGGCCAGUCCAUGUCGAGGAGGCCAAGAACGUUUUUUUCUGCGGAACAUCCAGAUGAUGGUUGUGCAGCUCAUGCUGGCCGGCAUCGACCUAUACUUCGCCUCGGUCGAACUGUACCGGCUCACGGAGCCUGGUUUUCUGGAUUUCUUCCAAAUGAUGAACUGUGUAUUUGCCCGAGAGUUUUUAGACGUGGACGGGGAGCUCGUGCUCCCAUGUUUGGAAGAGGCGUGACGCUGAUUGUGGAGGCGUGGGGGAG